CUGAUAUUAUGGACAAACUUAAAACAGAUUCGGAGAACAAAUCAGACUUUGAGACGAAGGCUGAGACGCGAGGGGACACUUAUGACGUAUUUCUAUCGGAAGGAGAGUACUAUUCAGAUGAAGAUCCCACCUUGAUGUUGCUUCUGUCAUUAUAUUAGCAUAGAAUUCAAACUCUCCUGACAAUGAGAGGGCAUGUAUUGAUAGAUUUAUGGAUGAAAUAUCAACGAAUGUUCCCCAAGCGAACACCUCCGAUCAAUCUGUGCUUAAACGCAUUGUUAUCAAUCGGGCCGAUUUCGACAGUACAUGUGCUGAAAAUAAGGAUAAUCGUCCUGUUUGUGUUACCUUUAACAAUGCUAUUAAAAGUCAGCCAGUCGACCAGUUUGCAGAAAGUUAUAUCCCCGUUGAGCAAAUGGAGACAAAUGACCAAAAAGUGACCAAAAUAAAAGAACGUUGUAAAUUCUGGCCGAGUUGUGCAAACGGAGAUCAAUGUCAAUUCCAUCAUCCAAACGUUCUAUGUCGAACGUUUCCUAAUUGUACAUUUGGAGAUAAGUGCAUUUACAUUCACCCGAAUUGUAUGUUUGAUGCUAACUGUUCUCGUCCAAAUUGUCCCUAUACUCACACAACAAAGAACUUGAAACCUCCUUCAAGACAGAACUGUUUUUGUUUUAUGGAAUAA